UCUUGCCCAAUAUCCUGUAAGCAUUAGAGAGAAAGGGUUUCUUUGCUGAUUGUAGUAUUGAGUGAAUGGACUCCACUGUAGGUUUUAUUCUGCAACCCACGGCGAGGUUCAGCACUUCUGUGCAUGGAUUCCUGAGCGCACAGACAGAGGUAGCAAGGCCACAAUGGAGGUGAACCUGUGAUUUUGCUGCACUGAGAGAGAACGAAGACUGACAGCUUUUCUGUUUUUGCCAAACUAUUGGAGAGUGGAAUGCAGAAUGGCAAGGCAGAUGUGAAGUCCCUCAUGGCGAAAUUUAACACUGGUAACAACCCAUCAGAGGACGUCUCGGUUAGCAAUCAGCCCUUCAAAAUCCCAGGACAACCUUCAUCUUCAGGACUACAGGCAAGGAAAGCUGCACUUGAGAAAUUUUCCAGUCCUCCUUCAGGUCCCAAUACCUUUCACAAGUCUGCAUCUCCUAAACCGUCAUUUGGAGUAAAACCUUCUAUUGAAGAUAAAACAGAAAGGGAUCCAAAACCUCCCUAUCUGAAACAUAACCCUGUGGCACACAAGUUCGGGUCUCCGGUUAAUGCAGCUAACAGAGAAGCUGAUGGAAAAGCUGGAGUCCCUAAAUAUCUGGGUCCUAAAGCCACUGAACUGUCAAAAGAAGAACACAAGCCUGUGUUUCCAAAACCUCCUGUAAACAAGUUCCUUAGCUCUACUGCCCAGGAGAAUGACAUAAAGCCGCCAGGACCUAAACCGAAUUUUAAUUCUGCAUCACAAGAGAGUGAGCCAAAACCAGCAUUCUCCAAACUAGCUGCGGUUAAAGAAAAGUUCACUGCUGUAUCACAAGAAAAUGACCCCAAGCCUCCUUUCUCUAAACCACCCCUUGGGCAAAAACCUUCUCUAAAUCCUGAUGUCUCCCACCAUGAAGAUGUUUCCAACAGACAUGCUUUUCUGACUAAGGGAUCUUCAGGCUCUCUAGGCCCCAGACCAAAAAUACAUUCAUUUAAAUUACCAAAGGAAACAGCAGAAAAUAGCAGUAAUGGAACCGAUUCCCCAGGUGGUCAUUUUCCUACCGUGACUCUGAAAUCUAUUGGUAAUCGGAGCACCCCAGGACAGGUUCCAAAAAAUCUUGAGGAAAAGACUGAAGAUAAUAGGUCAGGGGUCGCCAAGAAUAUUUUCCUCAGUAAAAUUAAUCAGGAAGUUUCUGGUUCAACUCCUCCUAAAUUCCCCAAGCCACCUGCCAAGCUCGCUGCAGGAGGACCAUUGGGCAGCUUCCACGAGAGAGAAGAGGGAAACAAGAAUUCUGAAACUCCCAAGCGCAAAGCAUUACCUCCAUUAUUUAAAUUGGGCCAGCCUCCCCAAAAGCCCAGCAGACCCCCAACUGUGGACCUGGAAAGAUUCCGAAAAAAUAGUGCAAGAGACAGCUCUAACAAAGAAGUUGUUAAACAGGUCUCCCACUCAGUGCUCUCCUCACCUCUACCUCCACCCUCCCAUUCUGCUACACAGACGCCACCUCCUCCUCCUCCUUCAGCUUCUCACCCAUCAGCACAAGCACCACCAGUUCCCAGCCUACCUCCCAGAAACAUCAAAUCCAGCUCUGAUCCCUUAAGUCCAGACAAUGAACAAAGUUACGAUGAUGUUGAAUUUGGUUCAGAUGGUCAUGGAAAUACAGAUGGGGGUCAAGAGAGUGAUGGAGAGAUGUAUGAAGAUAUCAAUGACAUCAGAGCCACAUCAAGAGAACAAGAAAAGAAGAGAGAGAAGGAAGAAAAGAAAAGAUUGGAACAAGAGAAGAGAGAACAAAGGGAAAAAGAAAAGAAAGAGCAAGAAAUCAGAAAGAGGUUCAAAUUAUCUGGACCCAUUCAAGUCCUUCAUCAGGCACGAGCUUGCAUGGACUACAAGGGAGGGAAGAAUGAGCUGACUGUGAAACAGGGUGAUAAUAUUGAAAUCAUCCGUAUUACAGACAACCCUGAAGGAAAGUGGCUGGGCAGGACAACCAAAGGAUAUUAUGGAUACGUUAAAACAACCAUGGUGGAGAUUGACUAUGAUUCUUUAAAAAGAAAACAAAGAGCUUCCACGAGUGCUUCCCUGAGACGUGUAGACAAUGACCAAGAAGUGUAUGAUGAUGUUGGAGAGCAGGACAGUAUCGGCAGCCAAAGUGGUGGUCGAAGUGGAACUGGAGUGACGUUCCCACCUCCUGUCCCCGAUGAAGAAAUUUAUGAUGGAAUUGAUGAUGAAGAUGUUAAUGCUAAGUCUAUAUCACAGGAUGAAGAUAAGAAUGACUCCCGGUCCUGGGGACUUUUGAAGAUGUUAAAGGGAAAAGAUGACAAAAAGAAAAGUGUACGAGAGAAAACAACCAAAGACAAUGAGGCAGAAGAUAAUGGAGGUUCCUUCAUGAAUCCUCCAAUAAAGAUGCUUAGGAAAGACGCAGGAGACAAUGAUGUUUAUGAUGAUGUAGAAUCAUCCGAAUUCCCUCCUCCACCAAUAGAAAUUGGAUCAUCAUUAAUUAUGAAAUCUCUGAGCCUCGGAAGGGGUAAAUCAGAUGAGAAAGACAUACGAAAGCUUAAAAAGAUGGAAAAAGAGGAGAAAGAGUUCAGAAAAAAGUUUAAAUUUGAAGGUGAAAUUAGAGUUCUUUAUUCCACUACGAUUAUCGCAGAUAUGCCAUCUAAAAAAUGGGGAGCAAAAGACUUACAAGUGAAACCAGGGGAGUCAGUUGAAGUUAUACAAAUCAUAGAUGAUGCCAAGGUCCUGUGUAGGAAUGAAGAAGGAAAAUAUGGCUAUGUCCUGAGACGCAGUUUAGUGGAGAAUGAUGGAGACAUCUACGAUGAUAUUGCUGAUGGUUGCAUCUAUGAUAAUGAUUAAUCUUGAAUUUUGGUAAAGUGUGAGUUUCAUUGGGGGUCAUAUCUCCUCUGGAUUUCCAAUUGGCAUAAAACAUCACCAAAGCUGAUUAGUCACAAUUUAUGGCUAUCAUCAGUGAUUACCCUUCUACAUGUAUCAAGUUUUGGUUAACCUGUGUCAAACGUUAGAUCUUUUGGAUUUAUUGCUCUGAAUGGCACUUUCUCUUUGUCAUGUAUCAGCACAACUACAAUUUGGGUAAUCUGAACUGAAAUUAAAGUUUUC